CACAGACCCGGGCAGCGGGAAUGCAGAUGACACGCCCGUAAUAUGGAAGCAGCCGCAGCAGCAACAACAACAGCUCCAGCAGCAGCCGCCGACUCACAAAACAAAGGCCUGUUGACUGGGGCUGCUUUUAACCCUUUCAUAUUUGCAGAGGUAAUGAAUCCAUGUGACAGUAGCUGAGCAUUGGCUAAAGUCUUUCCAAAAGGUCAAGGUUCACAAGAACCUUUUCUAAACAAAUUCAUGACCAUGGGGGAUAUGAAGACCCCGGAUUUUGAUGACCUUCUUGCAGCCUUCGACAUCCCAGAUAUGGUCGAUCCUAAAGCAGCUAUUGAGUCUGGACACGAUGACCACGAAGGCCACAUAAAGCAGAACACUCAUGUAGAUGAGGAUUCUCACGCCCCCUCAUCUUCUGACGUUGGAGUCAGUGUUAUCGUAAAGAACGUGCGCAACAUCGAUUCUUCCGAAGGAGGAGAUAAAGAUGGCCAUCAUUCCACUGGGAAUGGCUUACACAAUGGGUUCCUGACAGCAUCCACUCUCGAGAGUUAUAGUAAAGAUGGAGGGAAGUCUCUGAAAGAGGAAGGACCCACCUCCGAAGUGACCCUUAAAGAUUCAGCAUUCAACCAGUUUAGCCCCAUCUCCAGUGCUGAAGAGUUCGAUGAUGAUGAAAAGAUCGAGGUGGAUGAUCCACCUGAUAAGGAAGAGAUGUGUUCAAAUUUCAGAGCAAACGUGUUAACGGGAGCGGUUUCCCAGCAGGACUAUGAAAAGCUCAAGAUGCUUGCAGGAGAGAACUUGAUCAAGCCGGGCAUUUCUACUUCAAGCAAUGUGGACAAAAACAAAGUUGUGAAGAGAGAGAUCGAAACAAAUUCUGUGAACUUGGGUGUCUAUGAACCCUUUAAAGUUAGAAAAGUGGAGGAGAAAUUGAAAGAAAACUCUGAAAAGUUGCUUGAAAACAGGGUCCCGGACGGAAAGCUAAGCUCUGAGAAGAAUGAGGCUAAUCUUGCCAGCGUUUCCCAGGCCAAAACCAAGUCAUCUGCUAAACUUUCUUCAUGCAUCGCCGCCAUUGCAGCUCUCAGUGCUAAGAAAGCUGCAUCAGAUAUCUGUAAAGAGCCAGUGACCAAUUCAGGGGAAUCUUCUCCUUUACCAAAAGAUGUGACUGAAAGCCCUCGAGCUGUGGAGAAGUCGCCCGAGUCACAAAGUCUCAUUGACGGGGCAAAAAAGGCAUCUCUGAAGCCACCGGACAGCCCCAGGAGUGUCUCAAGUGAGAACAGUAGCAAAGGGUCUCCGUCCUCUCCCGCAGGAUCAACACCAGCAAUCCCCAAGGUUCGCAUCAAAACCAUCAAGACUUCCUCUGGAGAAAUUAAGAGAACGGUAACCAGGGUGUUGCCCGAAAUUGAUCUGGAUGCCGGGAAAAAACCUUCUGAGCAAACUGCUGCCAUGGUGGCUUCCAUGACAUCCCUCCUGUCGUCUCCCGCUUCUGCCGCAGUCCUCUCUUCUCCCCCCAGAGCGCCUCUUCCGUCAGCGGUGGUGACGAACGCAGUCGCUACCGCAGAAUUGGCCCCCAAGCAGGUCACCAUUAAGCCUGUAGCCACCGCCUUCCUCCCGGUCUCGGCCGUGAAGACGGCAGGCUCCCAAGUGAUUAACUUGAAGCUCGCUAACAACACAACGGUGAAAGCCACGGUCAUCUCUGCUGCAUCUGUCCAGAGUGCCAGCAGUGCCAUUAUAAAGGCUGCCAACGCUAUUCAGCAGCAGACUGUGGUGGUGCCAGCGUCUAGCCUCGCUAACGCUAAACUCGUGCCAAAGACCGUGCAUCUUGCCAAUCUUAAUCUUCUGCCUCAAGGUGCUCAGGCCACCUCCGAACUCCGCCAAGUGCUAACGAAACCUCAGCAGCAAAUCAAGCAGGCAAUAAUUUCGGCGGCCACCUCCCAGCCCCCCAAGAAAGUGUCGCGAGUCCAGGUGGUGUCCUCUUUACAGAGUUCUGUUGUGGAAGCCUUCAACAAGGUGCUGAGCAGCGUCAACCCUGUCCCGGUUUACAUCCCAAACCUUAGCCCUCCAGCUAACGCAGGUAUCACGUUACCCACCCGGGGUUACAAGUGUUUGGAAUGCGGCGACUCCUUUGCCCUUGAAAAGAGUCUGACGCAGCAUUAUGACAGGCGGAGUGUACGCAUUGAAGUAACGUGUAACCAUUGUACAAAGAACUUAGUUUUCUACAACAAAUGCAGUCUCCUUUCCCAUGCUCGCGGGCAUAAGGAAAAGGGAGUGGUAAUGCAGUGCUCCCAUUUAAUUUUAAAACCCGUUCCGGCCGAUCAAAUGAUAGCUUCUCCUUCAAGCAAUACUUCCGCCGCAUCUUCUUCUCUUCAGAGUCCGAUGGGAGUUGGCACCCAUACCGUAACAAAGAUUCAGUCUGGCAUAACGGGGACGGUAAUUUCAGCCCCUUCGAGCACACCUAUCAUUCCAGCUAUGCCUCUAGAUGAAGAUCCAUCAAAACUCUGUAGACAUAGUCUAAAAUGUUUGGAGUGUAAUGAAGUUUUCCAAGAUGAGACGUCGCUUGCCACGCAUUUCCAGCAGGCUGCAGACACGAGUGGACAAAAGACUUGCACUAUCUGCCAGAUGCUGCUUCCUAACCAGUGCAGUUUUGCAUCCCACCAGAGAAUCCAUCAGCACAAAUCUCCAUAUACGUGCCCCGAAUGUGGGGCAAUCUGCAGAUCGGUCCACUUCCAAACCCAUGUCACCAAGAACUGUCUGCACUAUACACGGAGAGUUGGUUUCCGAUGUGUACAUUGCAAUGUCGUGUACUCUGAUGUGGCUGCACUGAAGUCUCACAUUCAAGGUUCUCACUGUGAAGUCUUCUACAAGUGUCCUAUCUGUCCAAUGGCAUUUAAAUCAGCUCCUAGCACACAUUCCCAUGCUUAUACCCAGCAUCCUGGAAUCAAGAUUGGAGAACCAAAAAUAAUAUAUAAAUGUUCCAUGUGUGACACUGUGUUUACCCUGCAACCCUUGCUGUAUCGCCACUUUGACCAACACAUUGAAAACCAGAAGGUGUCUGUUUUCAAGUGUCCAGACUGUUCUCUUUUAUAUGCACAGAAGCAACUUAUGAUGGACCAUAUCAAGUCUAUGCAUGGAACACUGAAAAGUGUGGAGGGGCCUCCAAAUUUGGGUAUAAAUUUGCCAUUGAGCAUUAAGCCUACAACUCAAAAUUCAUCCAGCCACGGCAAAGAGGACACAAAAUCCAUCAAUGGGAAAGAGAAACUGGAGAAAAAAUCUCCUUCUCCUGGGAAAAAAUCAACAGAAUCUAAAAAAAUAACCAAUCCUGGGUGGACGUGCUGGGAGUGUGACCGUCUGUUUACCCAGAGAGAUGUUUACAUAUCCCACAUGAGAAAGGAGCAUGGAAAGCAAAUGAAGAAGCAUCCUUGCCGCCAGUGUGACAAAUCGUUCAGUUCAUCACACAGUCUCUGUCGCCAUAAUCGCAUCAAACACAAAGGCAUAAGGAAAGUUUACACCUGCUCGCACUGCCCAGAUUCACGACGUACGUUUACAAAACGGUUGAUGCUAGAAAAGCAUAUUCAGCUUAUGCACGGUAUUAAGGAUCCCGAUGUGAAAGAAAUGACAGAAUCUACCAGUGUGGAAGAAACAGAAAUAAAGGAAGAUACCAAGGUUCCUAGUCCAAAGCGAAAAUUGGAAGAGCCCGUCUUAGACUUCAGGCCCCCCCGAGGAGCAAUUACUCAACCAUUGAAGAAGCUCAAGAUAAAUGUGUUUAAAGUUCACAAGUGUGCCGUGUGUGGCUUUACAACAGAAAACCUUCUGCAGUUUCACGAACACAUCCCUCAGCACAAGUCUGAUGGUUCUUCUUACCAGUGCAGAGAGUGUGGUCUUUGCUACACAUCCCACGUCUCUCUCUCUAGGCAUCUCUUCAUAGUUCACAAGUUGAAGGAACCUCAACCGGUGUCUAAGCAGAAUGGGUCCGGGGAGGAUAAUCAGCAGGAAAACAAACUCAGUCAUGAAGAUGAGUCGUCAGAUAGCAUGAUGUCAGACCGUAAAUGCAAAGUGUGUGCAAAGACUUUUGAAACUGAAGCUGCCUUAAAUACUCACAUGAGAACGCAUGGCAUGGCCUUCAUUAAAUCUAAAAGAAUGAGCUCCGCCGAAAAAUGAUUGCAAGUAUUCCAAAAGGAAAAUCCCUCUCCAUAUUGGAAUAUAGUAGACAUUUUUUGUUACAGAAGGACCGCAGUAUAAUAGAGAGUUAACAGUACUGUUUAGGCUGUUGCAAUAUAUUCUCCUUUAACGUAUCCUCUUCACCUCAUCAUAUAUACCCUCAAUAAGUAUUAAAACAGUAUUUGAGUUAAAAAGAGUUUGUAUAUAUUUAAACUAAUAAUUUUUAUACUCUUUGUUACGUGUUUGUAUCAGUAUUUAGUGGAAAACAUUUGGGUUUUUUUUGUUUGGUUUGGGUUUUUCUUUUGUACUAAGUUUCUUUUAAGACAAAAGUCUUAGUACUGGGGCAGUUCCUUGGGUUCAGGUAAACAGUUUUUUAUGACCUAAAUUUGAAAGCAGAUUUAGCUAAUUAAAUUACACCCAAAGGCAAUGCCUGUUUUUUUAGAUAUUUUUAAUUAUUAUUUUUUAAGAAAUCACUGUUUGAAUGCAGCUGAUUCUAAAUCGCACCAACACUAGAAAUGUCAAGUAUUUUAGCACUAACUCAGUGUGUGUGCUUUAAAGGAGGAAAGGCACACACUUGAGACCGAUUAUUGCUCAUCAGUGCAUCACUGCAUAUUUUUUAGGUCAUGUUGGAAGUUAAGGCAGCCUUGCAAAUAGCCACUCACCACAGUGAGUAACCAUUUAGGCCAAAUAAGUAGAAAAGAAUGCUGAUUUCAUUCAUUUUAUAUUUGAACACCCCCAAGGUGGAGGUGGGAUAGGCUGCUUAAAAAAAAAAAACUUUGGGGAAUGAUCAUUUUCUCUGUACUUUGUAAGGAGGCUGGUUUUAAUUAUGAUCACAAGGAAUCACAGUUGUUACAAAACGGCUGGACUGCUGUAGAAGAAGCAAAUAGGUAAUUAGAUCAGUAGAUUUCUAUGGUUGGAUUAUUGGUCAUGUAAUUUAUUAAACAUAUAAAAAGAAGCCUAAGCGUUAAUUAUUUUGACUCACGGAAAAAAAAAAAAAAUCAUGAUUUAACCCUUUGUUGUCUCAAAAGUUGAUGCUUCCUUUUCUGGGUGCUAAUGCCAAAUGUUCUAGUACUUAAGAGUUGGGAUGCACAGCUGUAGCCACCAAAGUGUUAGUACAGUAGCCUAUUUCGUUACAAUUGGUCUUUUUAGAUUUAGCCAGGGUUCUGUUAAUUUAGUUCAGCCAUUUCAGUAAGUAUACCUAACAUCACUAGUUAUGCUUUAAUGAAGUGCAGAAAAGGUACCGUUCUGUCCCUACCCUAUAUAUAGUUCUCUAUGAGAGUUAUAUUUUUUGGUUUGUUUUUGCAUUUUAUACCUUGUAUUUAUCCCUAAACAAGUUUUGUACUUUUUUUAAAAAUUCUUUUGUGUAUAUAGAGAUAAUUGCAUGAUAUACUGUAGUAAUUGUUCAGUUCCUUAAAAAGUCUUGCUGCUGUCAGAUGUUAUACACUAUGUUCAUUAUAACUGUAUUAAACGCAUUUCAUAUGUAAAUAAAUGUGGCACAUUUG